AUGUGGGGCUCGAGCUUUGCGAGGGACAGAACGCCGCACUCAAGGAGAGAGCGCUCUCACACUCACCGCACCCAGACCCGUGAUCGCCGCGAAGAAGGUACCAUAGACCAGCGAUGCUGGCAAAGGGUCGGUGACUGCUUAAAGGACUACUACCGAACCUUCGGUCCUGAGAGGGUCCCGGUCACUGCUUUCACUUAUUGGAAUCUAACUCAUGAAAUUUUAAAAGUCCAUUCUUCAGCCCCAGACAUUCAAAACCUCUGCAAAAAGGGAGAGUUCCAUGCGCUAGAAGAGGCCGCAGAAAAUCUCUGGCUACACGCCGAUAAUUUUAAAGAAGCCUUUAAUCAGGAGCAGCUGCGAGCUGCCAAUUUGCUUGCUGACCUUCGGGCAGCGACUCAAAGCCACAUCGCCAACUUUGCUGUAUCCUGCCCAGAAUACGCCCAACCUGCGUACAGCCGGCAACCAGAAGAAGCCCAACUUACAGGUUUUGCUGGCCUAGGCACCGGAAUCGCCUCGCUCACCCUCCAACAACAGGGCCUCUCUAACCUCAGAGCUGCAGUAGACGAAGAUUUGGCCCGCAUUGAAACCUCCAUCACCCAUCUUGAGAAAUCCCUUACAUCUUUAUCAGAGGUUGUUCUCCAAAACAGGAGAGGCUUAGACCUACUUUUCCUUAAACAAGGAGGGCUUUGUGCCGCAUUAGGCGAGGAAUGUUGCUUUUACACUGAUCAUUCCGGAAUAGUUAGAGAUUCCAUGACCAAGCUUAGAGAAGGAAUUGCAAACCGCAAGCGUGAGCGGGAGGCCCAAGGAGGCCCCUCCUGGGGAUUCAAUGGAAUCCUCCCUUACCUCCUCCCUAUACUAGGCCCCUUAAUAACCAUAAUCCUUAUAAUAUCUUUUGCUCCUUGGGCCAUAAGAAGGAUAAUAUAGCUAGUUAAGGAUCAAGUUGAUUCUGCCCUAGGCAAGCCCAUUCAAGUGCAUUAUCACCGGCUCCACCUCGCUGACCAAGGUGUAAAUCCAGACUGCUUGAAUGCUACCCACCCUGACGGGUAAGAAACCCCCUCCUACGGGAGCAGCAUAUAACUCAAAAGUAUGCUUCUAGCUUAUGCUAUGAUUGGUACC